GGCACCUAGAGAUGGGGCAUGGCUCCAGCACAUUGCAGUGGCAUUGGGGCCAUGCUGGGUGGAGCAGGACCAGGGUGGUCCUGGGCACGCUGAGUGGGUCACAGGCAGUGGGGCACAGACGUCCAUGGGGGACUAGCACGGUGCCGUUAAGGCAGAGGGGACCCCAAAUACCCCCGGCCCAGCCAAGCAGCUCUUCUCAGACGCGGGAGCCAUAUAGGGCAGCACGGGAACCACUUUCCUCCAGGCUCAGCCCUGGGGGGGCUCUGCAGCUGGGCAGAGGUGCCCCAUGUCCUGCUGGCCCUGCUCUCUGUGGCCCAGCCAGCAAGGGCAGGAGGCUGCUGAGACAGCUGGCGUGCACGGUGCCAUGCCCCUCACCGGGGCUUCAGCCUUGUGGGUGCCAGGGCCAGUUGAAGAGGCUGAAGAUGCCUAAGCCUGCAAGCCUGGAGCUAACACCGCUGCCAGGGCAGGUCCCACCACCUCCUGGACUCGGGUGCCGGCGCCUGGGCUGCACCUCUCCAAAGCCCACAGUGCUGGGGGACACGCUGGGCUGGUGCGGGAGCAGGGGCAGGGCUGCUGCCAGUGCAGCAUGGAGAGCCCGCGCCGGGGUACCGCACGCACCUGACCUCCGCAGCAGCAUUGCUUCUACACCCAUGGGGGCUGAGGAUGGUGGGGCCCAACCUGGGACGGUGCACGCAGCUGGACAGCACAUCACCAUGUCACCCGGGCGGACAAAUUGCAGCCCCGGGUCUCUCCAGCGCACUGCUCCAGCGCAUCGGCUUCAGGGCCACACCGCCGGCUGCAGCUGGGCUCCGGGCAUCUCCAUCAGGUGCAUCCGGCUCCAUGGGUGCCGGCACCAUCCCUGCUCACCACCAGCAUCCAGGACGUUCCCGCCACCAUGGGGAUGUGUUUCUGCCAUAAAUGCCCUCUCCACGGGAGCCCCCGCUGCCACACAGAGGAGCUGGGACGCAUCUCAUUUUGCCCAUGGCCCGGCCAGGGCUUGGUUGUGUUGUGUUUCUGUUCUUGCUAUGCUACUGGGCAGGAAAAUGACGGUGGCUUUGUUUGGCCCGUGGGGUUUGUGUGUGUCACUGUUGAAGACGCUGGUUUGUACUAGGCUGGCGAGGGAGGCGCUGAGCAUCCUUCCGCUGGCAGAGGCUGUAUUGUUUUAGGAGCUGUUUGGUAUUGUCUAUGUUGUCUUCCAUGUGAACAUGACAUUUAUUCAUUCA